AGGCUAAGCAGCAGCUACCGUCCAUGCUCAUAGACAUGUUGCCCAGUGCUAACAAGUGAAGCUGGGAGCGCUGUCUUGGGAAGGCGGCGUCUGAGCUACUGUUGACAAAGCAUCUGGACAAGGUAACUAGAUGGAAACAGCGCAGUCUGAGCUUAAAAGGUUGAUGUUUCAUAAUGUGGAGGGGGGAGCAUGGUCCGCGGGCUUUCCAGGCCCCCGUGGAUGUUCACGCCAGCGCAGAUGGCCAGGUGUACAUGUUCAAGAGGAGGCCGAACGAGUAUUCUGUAUCCUCAGACGAUGAGGAGCUCAGUGUCAUGGAGAUGAGGCCGCGAACGUCACAGGAUCAGACGCAGGACAGACUGAGGAAUGUCCAGCUGCUGGAGCGGGAGUUGGUGGAUGGUGAUAAUCUCAACAAGCUUGCGCUGCAAUACGGCUGCAAGGUGGCGGACAUAAAGCGGGUGAACAAUCUAAUGCAGGAACAAGAUCUGUUUGCCCUGAAAUCUAUCAAAAUACCGGUUCAGAAACACAGCUUUUUAGCAGACACUUUGUCAGACACGAGUGAUCCUCGAGAAGAAAUGCCACAUUCGUCUCCAACGCCAGCCAAACCUCAGGACAGAGCCAGAGUCCAGCCUCAUCUACAAGAGGUCACAGACUUUCUCAUGGAGGUGGAUAACGAUAUUGACAAAUUGAUUCAGACCACAGCUGAUCAAGACGAGGAUUCUUUGGAUAACUUUGAGAAAACACGGAGGUUUGGUUUCAGAGGAAAACGCCUGAUGAGUCACGGUGCAGACUGGGGGAUCCAAUGGUGGAACGCUGUAGUUGCAAUGCUCCUAAUAGGUAUCGUCCUGCCAUUAUUUUAUGUAAUUUACUUCAAAACAAAAGCUAACGGAGUAGUUUUACCCACGGAUGUUGCUCAUCAGUCGUCCAGCUCCUCUUCUAAUGCUACAGGGGCAAACAUUGGUACAGAGGGAACCAGGAUAGUGCACGUUUGAACACUGGAGUCAUCUUUAAGAUAUUAUGAUCUUGGAAGUAGAUGACAAUCAUGGUGAUGUCAAAUCGCUCACUCUUUUAACCCUAAGUGCAAUAACACCGUGUACCGAAUCACCAGCAGUGAAUUUUACCUUUUAUUGUACCAUAACUGUGAUUCUUGAGGCAGAUAUACUGACGACUGUCUUAAAGUGAUGUGAAAUAUCAGAAUACUAGGACACCAACAAAUAAUCACAUUUUGUUAUAUACAGUUCCUGAAAUAUUAGUGUGACUUCAUAUGAAAACUCCUUUUAGAGUUUGGGAGAUUAUAGUUUGCCAUGUGCGUCACUGAAGUUGAAAUAUUAACUAGUUUUAACUUUAACCUCCUCACAUGAGCAGUAAAACUUCAAACUUUUGCCAAAAACUGAUAAAAGAGGAGAUAAGCUGUGUUCCCUGGUUACCAAAACCAUGUGAAGAUAAACUGUUUGGCAUUAUUAGUGUGCUUUUUUCUGUGUUUGUUGCUUAGUGACAUGUCUUUUUUUCUGGGACUGCCUGUGCCAAACAUGUGAAUCUGUUUACAGUAACAGUGUUGUGCAAUAUACUUGGUACGUUGUCAGUGCUCAUUUAAGGAUGUCUUUGAAAUACAAAGCUUAAAAGUGAUGCAUUUUAAAAUAUCACCUAUGAACUCCCUGAAUUAUGUGCCUAAUUAAGUGCCUUAAGCUCAGAUUGUAAAGCAUGUCCACCACGAGCAGAUGGUGAAUUUGGGUAACGCCGUGCACUUUUCAUUCUCGGAAAUGAUGCUUUCAUUGAAUGAAUGAAACUGAAAAAAAGCAAUAUAUUUUGUUGAGAUAUUUUCAAAACUGUAAGUCAAUCUUUAAAUCAUUUUGGGAUGUAAAAUUGACAAAUGUUAGUCUUUUUGUUCUUCGUGUUCUAAGUUGAAAAUCUUAUAGGCAUGAAUGUUUAUAAAGCAUUCUGACCUGGU